UCACAUGCUGCCUGCUGCCCUCGCUGGUGGGGGCGGGGGAGACGUGGGGCAUGGUGUCCGUGUGCCCCAUCCACUGCGUCUGCCGCAACCUGUCCGAGUCCCUGAGCACGCUGUGCGCCGACAAGGGGCUGCUGUUCGUGCCGCCGCACGUGGACCGCCGCACGGUGGAGCUCCGGCUGGCCGACAACUUCAUCACCGAGGUGGGCGGCGUCGACUUCGGCAACAUGUCGGGCCUGGUGGACCUGACGCUGUCGCGCAACACCAUCCACACCAUCCGCCCCAUGGCCUUCGCCGACCUGGAGAGCCUGCGCUCGCUGCAUCUGGACGGAAACCGCCUGACGACAGUUGGGCCACGAGACCUCGCGGGAUUGCUCAAUCUGCAGCAUCUGAUCAUCAAUAACAACCAACUGGUGAAGGUCUCCACGGAGGCCUUUGAUGACUUCCUGCUCACGCUGGAGGACCUGGACAUGUCCUACAACAACCUCAGACGGGUGCCGUGGGAGUCCAUUCAGAACAUGGCCAGCCUCCACACGCUCAACCUGGACCACAACCUCAUAGACCACAUCGCCGAGGGCGUCUUCGGGGAACUGUACAAGCUGGCCCGGCUGGACAUGACCUCCAACCGGCUACGGACCAUGCCUCCCGACCCCCUCUUUGCCAGGUCCCAGACGGGUGCGAUAAGCCCCACCCCUUACAACAACGUGAUCAGUCUGAAUUUCGGCGGGAACCCCCUGCACUGCAACUGCGAGUUGCUAUGGUUACGGCGGCUGACCCGCGGCGAUGACAUGGAGACGUGCGCGACGCCGCCUCACCUCGCUGGAAGGUACUUCUGGUCCAUCCCGGAGGAGGAGUUCACCUGCGAGCCGCCCCUCAUCACGCGCCACACCCACAAGCUGUGGGUGCUGGAGGGCCAGCGGGCCACCCUCAAGUGCCGCUCCAUCGGGGACCCCGAGCCCGUGGUGCACUGGGUGUCCCCCGACGACCGCAUCGUGGCCAACUCCUCGCGCACCAGCUCCUUCAGCAACGGCACGCUGGACGUCCUUGUGACCGUCGCCCGCGACGACGGCACCUACACCUGCAUCGCCAUCAACGCGGCGGGCGAGGCGACCGCCGCCGUGGACCUGAAGAUCAUCCCGCUGCCCCACAGAGGAGGGGGAGGGGGAGGGGGAGGGGGAGGGGGAGGGGGAGGGGGAGGGGGAGUAGCCGGGGGCGGGGCCGGCGGAGGGGAGGACGAGGGGGAGGACGACGAGGAGGGGAGGAGGGUCGGCGUGCAGGCCGUCACCUCCACCUCGGCGCAGGUGCGCUGGGACCUGGGGCGCGCGGCGGGCAACUACGUGGUGUGGAUGUACCAGAUCCAGUACAACUGCACCGUGGACGAGACGCUCAUCUACAGGAUCCUGCCUUCGACGGCCGACCGCUUCCUGCUGAAGAACCUGGUGUCGGGCGUGGACUACAACCUGUGCGUGCUGGCCAUCUUCGACGACAGCGUGACGUCCCUGGCCGCCACCAAGGUGCUGGGCUGCGCCACCUUCGCCACGCAGGACGUGUACCCGGCGUGCCGCUCGCUGCAGGCGCACUUCCUGGGCGGCACGCUGACCAUCCUGGUGGGCGGCGUCGUCGUGGUGACGCUGCUGGUGUUCACCGUGGCGCUGAUGGUGCGCCACCGAGUGUGCAACCACGGCGACCACCUGAUGUGCCACGACGGCAACAGCGAGGCGGCCGCCGGGAUGUGCUGCCAGUCGGGCGGCGGCCUCGGGGACAAGGGCGGGAACUGCGGGGGCGUGGGCGGCGGGGGCGGCGGGUUCUACCAGUCCAACGGCUCCGGGGACGUGAUGAUGGUGGUGCUGCCCAACGGGCUGCCGGCCAGCUGCGGCGGCGGUGGCGGCGGCGGGGAAAAGCAGAUGGAGAAGGACAAGGAGAGCGCCGAGGCCGCCGGCCCGCUGCCCCCCAAGAUGCCCCCCAAGCCGCGGCCCAAGGCCAAGGUCAACUUCGACCAGUUCAUGUCCACCGGCGGCGGCGUGGUCACCGCGACGACCGGCUCGGGCGACAAGCUGGCGCUGGUGGUGCGGCAGCGGAAGCUGGAGCGCGUGCCGCCGUACACGCCCGAGAUGGAGCGCACGCCGCUCUACUACGCCCCCUCGCCGCCCACCACCCUGCCCCGCCCGUCCCGGGACCGGCCCAGCCCGCGGCUGGAGCGCCAGCUCACCAACCGGGCCAGCUUCUCACUCACCGUGCCGCUCAGGGACGCCGGCCUGGCCGAGUGGCAGCUGGCGCACCCGCAGCGCGGCGCCGCUGACCACUGGAACUCCUCGCGGGCCUACCAGAGCCCCACCUCCCCGCCCAGCCCCGCCGCCGCCGCCGCCGCUGACUACGGCGCGGCCGCCGCCAGGCUGAGCCGCCGCCGCCACUCCCUGGACAUGGGCUCCUCCGUGGCGCUGGCCACCGCCGACGCCGCCGCCGCCGCCGCCAAGCGCUACGGCGCCGUGCGCUACGCCAAGCGGCUGAGCGUCAUCUGGACGCGGCGGAGCCAGUCGCUGCACGGCCUGCUGGUGCACUGCGCCUCCACCACCAGCACCGCCUCGUCCAACGGCAGCGACGAGGGCGGGGGGGGGGGCGGGGACCAGUUCGGGGGCGCGCACCACCAGCUCCAACGGGGCUACAUCCACGCCUACAACACGACCAACUCAAACUCCAACGCGGCCAGAGCUGACCAAUCGGCAGCCGGCAGGGGAGGGGCCAAGAGGGCGCGAGGGAGGGGAGGGGGGGAGGAGCUGGAGGAAAGUGUGGUGUAA